AUGGAUCCCAACAAAACCCAGACAAAUGGAGUGUCAACUUCAAAGCCUGUGCUGUUUUUUGACAUUGAUAAUUGCCUCUACCCAAGGAGUUCAAAGGUCCAGGACCACAUGGCACAACUAAUUGACGAGUACUUCGUAAAGCACCUUUCUCUCAAGUGGGACGACGCCGUGAAAUUGCACAAGGAGUAUUACACCAACUACGGCCUUGCGAUUGAAGGACUGGUCCGCCACCAUGAGAUUAACCCCUUAGAGUACAAUGCCCAGGUCGACGAUGCCCUACCUCUCGAGGACAUCCUCAGUCCGAACCCUGAGCUGCGCGAACUGCUUGAAGAUGUUGAUAAGAGCAAGUGUACCAUGUGGCUUCUCACCAACGCCUACGUAAAUCACGCUAAGCGCGUGACCAAGCUGCUGGGUAUCGAUGAUCUCUUUGAUGGCCUCACAUUCUGCGACUAUGGACAGGCGCCGCUUGUCUGUAAGCCUGCCAAGGAGAUGUACUUGAGGGCUAUGCGUGAGGCGGGCGUCGAGAAGAUGGAGGAUUGCUACUUUGUCGACGACUCUUACCUGAACUGCCAAAAGGCCCAGGGCUAUGGCUGGAACGUAGCCCAUCUUGUCGAGGAAGAUCUCCCGGUGCCGAAGACACCUGCAUCCGCUCACCAGAUCCGUCACCUCAGGGAGCUGCGAGACGCCUUUCCUCAAUUUUUCAAGUCCAAGAAUGCUUAG